AUAAAUAAAUAACAAACACACACACACAGUGAAGAAGUGUGUUUAAAUGUUUAAUUUGUUGAUGCCAUGCAAUUGAUUGUUGACAAAAUUCCCAUGUAUUCCAAACAAACAACGAAGCGCAAUUCCAAAAAAAAAAAUGAUGAAAUGAACCAGCAGGCAGGCUCCUCAAGGGCGCCAGCCACAGGGGGCCAAAUCUCACCGCCAGGUUGGCAGUCCAGCAGCAUAGCAUUGCGCGUUCCUACACUGAAGCACGACAGCCAAACAACGGAGUUGUUGAGUGCUACUAAGAACACUAGCAAUGCCUGUUCCACACAAAGUGUUGCCGCAAUUAGCAAAUUGCCAAAGAUCUCUCGACCAAGCAAAUCUCUAACGCUCUCUCUCUCUCUCUCUCUCUCUCUCGUGCAGAUGACGCCAAUGAACCAAAUGCAAAGCAUGUCGAUGGGACCAACUGGCAUGCAAAUGGGCAACAUGAAUCCCAUGGCCAAGAUGCAGGGCAUGGCCAACGGCGGCUAUCCACAGCAGCAGCCACCGCCGCAGCAGCAGCGCCGCCUGACUCCGUAUCCACAUCCGCAGAUGCACAUGGCGCAGAAGCGCAAUGGCGGCGGUGUGGGUGGCGGCAUGUAUCCGAAUCCAGCAGCGCAGCAGCAGCCACCGCAAAUGUACGGCGGCCAGCAGAUGCAUCCGGGUGGUCCCGGCGGCAGUGGCGGAGUGCCGCUGCCUAUGCAAGCGGGCGCAGGCAAUGGCUAUGGACGUGGCGGCCCAAUGGGCGGCGGCGGCGGAGGAGGCGCUGGCGCCUACGGACGCAUGUCGGCAGGCAAUGGCAUGGGCCCUAAUGGAGGACCCGUUAUGGCGCCUGGGGGCGGACCAAUGAUGCCCAUGGGCAGCGCUGGCAUGGGACCCGGACCCGGCUGCAUGGGUCAGCAGAGAUUUGUGCCACAGGCAGGCGGCGCGGGCAUGGGCUACGGCGCUGGUGCCGGCGCGCAUCAGGCGCAGUUCUAUCCUAAUGGCAAUGGAGGCGGCGGCGGCGUGGGCGUUGGCGUGGGUGGAGGCCAAGGCAGCAUGUGUCCGGCUGGACCGGGCGGCGUUGCCAGCAGUGCCAAUCCCUACCAGAAUCAAGGUUUCCAGCAAAACUAUCAGCACAGUCCAGUUCCUGGCAAUCCGACGCCACCACUGACGCCAGCCUGCAGUGUGCCCUACGUCAGCCCCAAUCCGGACAUCAAGCCGCCAAUGGACAACAGCGAGGAGAUGAGACUGACAUUCCCAGUGCGCGAUGGCAUCAUCUUGCCACCGUUCCGCCUGCUCCACAAUCUAUCGGUCAGCAAUCAUGUGUUCCAUCUCAAGCAGAAUGUCUACAACACGCUCAUGUGCCGCACCGAUCUGGAGCUGCAGCUGAAAUGCUUCCAUCAGGACGAUCGCCAGAUGAACACCAACUGGCCGCACACCGUCACCGUCUCCGCCAAUGCCACGCCGCUCAACAUCGAGCGCUCCGAGAAGAACAGCACAGCGCUGCGUCCGCUCUAUCUGAAGUCCGUCUGUCAGCCGGGACGCAAUACGCUGCAGCUGACCGCCAGUUCCUGUUGCUGUUCCCAUCUGUUUGUCCUGCAGCUGGUGCAUCGACCAUCGGUGCGUCAAGUGCUGCAGACGCUGCACAAGCGCAAUCUGCUGCCGCUGGAGCAUAGCGUGCAAAAGAUUAAGCGCAACUUGAGUUUACCCAGCGUUGGAGCCGAUGGUGUCGCCAAUGCGGGCAGUCCGGAUGCUGCGCAGCAGUGCGCCAAGAUCUCAUUGAAGUGUCCCAUUACCAAAAGUCGAAUACGCCUGCCGGCGCGCGGGCACGAGUGCAAGCACGUGCAAUGCUUCGAUCUGGAGGCUUAUCUGAUGAUCAACAGCGAGCGCGGCUCCUGGCGCUGUCCGGAGUGCAGCAAGUCGGCCAUAACCGAUACGCUCGAGAUCGAUCAGUACAUCUGGGCCAUACUCAACAUGCUGAGCAACAGCGAUGUGGACGAGGUUAUCAUUGAUUCCUCCGCCAAUUGGCGUGCCCUGCAGUACAACGGUGGCAUGCCCAAUCCGCCACAAACGGGCGCAGCUCCAACUCCAACUCCAAAUGGUGCCGGCAAUGGCAGCAGCAGCAGCAACAACGUCAGCGGCGGCGGCGGCAGCAACAAUGGCUUGCCUGCUAUCAAGCAGGAGCUCUGCGAUGACAUCUCCAAGGUCAUGUCGCCCGGCUCCACACAGCUGCCCACCUGGGACAACUCUCAGGCAAUGAGUCCCUACAACAUGCACGACAUGAAUUCCAUUGCCAAUGGCAACAUGAUGGGCAACGGCAAUGUACCCAACGGCGCUCAGCUUGGCAAUCGCAGCAGCUAUGACGGUUUCAAUGGCAACCACAGCGACGGCAGCAGCUUGGGCAAUGGCGAUGGCGUCAAUUCGCUGGAUCAGCUUAAUGCCAUGGAGAAAUCUCUCAGCGAUCAGAUGCCUCAUACGCCGCAUACGCCUGGCGCUGCCAGUCAUCCGAUGACGCCUGGUGGUCCGCCCAGUGUCAGCUCAUCCCACAAUGAGCCCAUCAGCGGCGGCACGCCCAAUGCCAGCAAUGGCAACAACAAUAACAACAACAACAGCAAUGGCCACAAUUCACCACAAACGCCGGGCACGCCCAGUCGCAGCUUGGGCAGCGGCAACAAUCUCUCCAAUGCGGACAGCCAGCAGCAGGAGCAGCUGCUCAACUCGCUCAUGAGCAGCCAGACGCAGCUCAAGUUCGAAAACGAUCUGAGCGCGGAGCUGCAGAACUUUGAUCCCUCAGCCGCUGGACUCGACAACACUGGGCAUGAUCUGAAUUUAUUGCAAGACAUGGACCCAAUGGAGAUUUUGUCGUACCUGGAUCCCCAGCCGGAUCUGAAUACGCCACCCUCGAGCGGCAGCAGUAAUAACAAUGCCAGCGACGAUUUGUUGGCCACGUUAUUCGAUUAAAUUUUUGUGCUUGGAUGAGAGUUAAUAAAAAACAUAUAAAUCGUAUGAGAAAAAAUUCCUUAAACAACAUGAAAACGAAACAACAACAACAACAACAAAUAUGCAAAUGGCUAAAAACCAUUUCAAUGUAUAUAGUAUUAUUACUUUUAAUGAAUUGUGCACUAUAUCAAGUCGCGUAAGCAAAAAACAUAAACAAUUUCGUUUCCACACACACACAUAUACACAACAACAACAACAACACAAAAUCAAAGCAGCAAAUUUUUUUUUGGGCAAAUUU